AUUAGGGCUUUCCCUUCUGCAGCAGAAAAAAAAAAAAAAUAUUUUCUUUUCCUUUUUUCUUUCUCUCUUUCUCUUUCAGCUUUAGAAAAGAGAGUCUCAUUGCUCCUACAUAUUACGCUUCGAUUACAACAGAAAAGGCCUUUGUCUUUUUAUCAACGCCAAAUUCAAAUAAUCUAAAUACACUUUCUUUUUUAUUUUUGGCUCUAUAAACACCUACACAACACACACACACACACACACACACUUAUACAUCCUACAGCAAAAAGAAAACUGUUUAUCAUUAGUGAAAAUUCUUAUUGGCUAGAUUCAUAUCUAUCAGCAAAAAAACAAUGUCCUCAAUGGAAAAUUCUUCAGAACAGCAAGAACAGGAGCAGCCGCCUAUAGACCAGCAGUCGCCUACAUCUGAUAUCCAUUAUACAUCAGAUGUUUAUAAGCAACAAAUAACCAAUAACGAUAUAGACAGUAACAAUAACGCAUACCAGCAUAGACGUACAAUUAGUAGCAGUAGUAAUAAUAACAGUAAUAAUUAUGUAGAUAGUACUUUUAGCAUCAGCAACAACAGCAAUAAUAAUAAUCCAUACUCUAAUUAUUAUGCACCGUUAUCUCAAUCAUUUGACGCCAAUAAACAAAAUAAUAUCAACAAUGAUACUAUACCAAUAACAAUGACGACGACGGCGCAUCAGCAUGAAUAUAACAAUUACCCUACGCGUACUUCGUUUCGCACUCCUACAACAACGGAAGGAAUGAUGACCGCCAACAACAAUGGCGGCGGCCAUCAUGAGUUGAUCAACGAUCAGUCGCAUUCACUCGAUGCCGAAGCUGUUGUUGAAGUGUCACCCAAUGAACGUUAUGUCAGGCUCAACACUCUGCUCGGUAAAGGUGCUUACAAAGUAGUUUAUAAAGCCAUCGAUCGCGAGGAAGGAUAUGAAGUGGCAUGGAAUACCAUGCAGGCCAUGGCAUCCCUCAACAACAACAAGGAUUUGGAACAUGAGAUACAGAUUCUCAAAUCAGUGCGUCAUCCAAACAUUAUUGCAUUCCAUGACGCUUGGUACGGCGAGAAUGAGUUUGUGUUUGUGACAGAACUGAUGACGUCCGGUACACUGAGAGAAUAUAUUCGCAAACUGGCACCUUUACCCAACCUCAAAAUCAUCAAACGUUGGUCUCGACAGAUUUUGAAAGGGCUGGCCUAUCUGCAUGGUCAUGAACCCCCUAUCAUUCACCGCGACAUCAAGUGCGAUAAUAUCUUCAUUAACGGUGCCCAUGGUGAGGUCAAGAUUGGUGACAUGGGUACUGCUGAAAUGAAGUUGGGCAAGAAAUAUACACUUAUUGGCACGCCCGAAUUCAUGGCACCCGAAAUGUACGAGGAAAAAGGAUACAAUGAAAAAGUCGAUAUUUAUGCUUUCGGUAUGUGUCUGUUGGAAAUGGUAACAGGGGAAUAUCCUUAUGGUGAAUGUAGAAAUGCUGCUCAAAUUUAUAAAAAGGUGUCAGCGGGGAUUAAACCAGCCGCUUUGUCAAAAGUGCAUAAUCCGGAAAUUCUCAAUAUCAUUGAAAGUUGCCUUGGUCCGGAAGACCAGCGUAUGUCAGCUCAAGAAAUUCUGGAGCAUUCAUUUUUGGCAGUGGAGCCAGACGUCGUUCUGUUGGCAGCUGAUCCAGACAAUAUUCAUCUCACCCUACAAGUCGUUUUCAAGGGGAUGGAUAAACUUUCCGUCAAGUUUGAUUUCAACGUAGAGACCGAUACAGCAGAAGAAGUAGUGCGAGAAAUGAUCGAUGAACAGGUGCUUCCUGAACGUUACCAACAACAUAUUACAAAGGAGAUCAAUCGCAUUUUACGCGAUAUCAAUAAGCCUACUGAAUCGGAACAAGUGGAUCAGGUCCAUCGAUCGGUCUGGAGAAGAGAAAGCGAUAUUCGCACCGAGUUAGACAGAACACGGAGAGAAUUGAACCAUGCGACAGAUCGCGUAUUGGAGAUCGAGCAGAAAUGCGAAGAUUUCGAAACGAGAGCGAGAGCAGCUGAAAGUAGAUAUCGGGAGGCUUUGAGAAGUUUACGAGAGUUAGAAGAACUGAAAAUGUCUGCAGCGACGUCACCUGUCACAGCGGGUAAUCCGAAUACUCCUACAACAUCUGCUGCUGCGAAUGAGGAUGAAGGUCAGCGAAAGGCAUCCAUCAUUGAUAGUAUGGCGAAUAUGUACAUUUACACUGGGCAUGCCGCACCCCCUGCUGCCGCCGCCGCCACCGCUGUUCCUGCAGAGGAUAGAGAAAGAGAGAAAUUAGUCAAUCACAUUUUAGAUGAGUACUCCGAUGACACAGAUAUCAGCGUGUUUGUAGGUGAUUGCGCUCAGGCUUCCCAUCGUAGUAUCGACAAAGCGCACGAAUGGGCUCGCAAGCUCCAAAAUCAAGAUAUCAUGACGGUUGGUGAUUUACGUGAUUUGCAUGAUGAAGAUUGGGCUGGUAUCGGUUUAACAGUUUUCGCUUUAAGGGCGUUAAAAAAUAUGUUGAAAGGUAAAAGAUUAGCCGCAGCGCCAACCGGUAAUACCAUGACCUCUAUCAGUACGUCAACCAAUAAUAACAAUAUACCUCCACCAACACCUGCAACACCCUCGCAAAUGCCCUACUCUACAGUUCCAUCUCCUCCGCCUUCCCAGACCAUGCAUUCACCUCCCCUUCCGCCAAUAUAAGCAUUCCACCACAAUGCUAAAUCUGCCCUAUGGUCUUUUUCUUUAUUUAAAGGGUCUUAGCCAUUGCCAUGCCUGGCCCUUCUCCCCUUUCUUUAUUUUACUUGUAUCAUUGAUUGUUGCUUUCUUUUUUUUUUCGAUCCAUUAUCAUAUAUAUGAUGAUAUCAAUAAAUAAUGUUACAAAAGCCCUCAUAAAAAAGACAAGCAAACACAAAAUCUUCUUUUAUUUGAUAUACAUAGUAAAGUACAGGAGUUGGAAAAAAUGUAAAUGAUUAAAACAUGUAUUAGGGGCGAGGAAAAAAAAGCGAAAGGCGUAGGGUUAUUGACAUUGUUUUCCUAGCGUUUUUUUUUUGUUUUUUUUUUUUUUUUU